AUGAGCGCCGCCUCCUCCUCCGGCGACCGACGGAGCCUGAAAGAGAUCAUUUUCGAUGCCUCCGCCGGUGCCUCCGCCGGUGCAAUUGCAGCUACAUUUGUUUGUCCAUUGGAUGUGAUAAAGAUGAGGCUUCAAGUCCAUGGCUUGCCUGAUAUCCACAUUUCUAGUUCCCGAGGCAGUGUUAUUCUUGUCAGCCUACAAAGUAUAGUCCGGAAUGAAGGUCUGAGGGGACUUUAUCGUGGCCUCACACCCACAUUGGCAGCAUUACUUCCGAAUUGGGCGGUAUACUUCACAGUUUAUGGGCACCUAAAAGAACUGUUACAUUCAUAUGAGGGUAGGGAGGAUCAGCUUUCAAUCGCAUCAAACAUGAUAGCUGCUGCAGGAGCUGGUGCUGCAACAUCUAUCACAACAAAUCCAUUGUGGGUGGUUAAGACACGUCUACAAACACAAGGGAUGAGACAAGGUGUGGUUCCUUACAAGAAUAUAUUUUCUGCCUUGAGACGAAUAGCACAUGAAGAAGGGUUUCGAGGCUGGUACAGUGGCCUUCUGCCUUCGUUGGCUGGGAUCAGUCAUGUGGCCAUCCAAUUCCCGGCAUAUGAAAGAAUAAAAUUCUACUUAGCUAAACGAGAGAAUAAACGCUGUGAUCAGCUCAACUCCUGGGAAGUUGCAAUUGCCUCGUCAUUUCCGAAAGUAGUUGCUUCCGUGUUGACAUAUCCUCACGAGGUUGUCCGUUCAAGGUUGCAAGAACAAGGUCAAGUACGAAACACUGAACUACAAUAUGCAGCUGUAAUAACAUUCACCAGUUACGAGAUGAUACACAGAUUCUUACUACGCGUAUCGCCCCCGGAUGAUAAGGAUUCAAAACCCGACCAUAAAUCCGGAGGCAGGGUCGAGUCUCAAAAGGGAAACGAGAGACCUAGAGAAGACAAUAAGCUGCUGAAACUUGUAUUCUCGACUAAUGAUAGAACUUGUCAUAGUGAUUUUGGCAACAGUGACAAGAUAACAGCUAGGCAUUGA